UCUCGCUGCCUGCCCACACUGCCGCUUUCCUCUCUCCGACGUGACACGCACGAGCUCAGCACUUCGGCUUUCUGAUAGCAAUCCUCGCUGCCCGCCAACCGCCGGUCCCGCCCCAGCAUCACCCCGCGCAUCGGCCCCAAGCUAGUUUUCCGCGCCUAGCCUCACGACGUCCACCACACGACAACGCCAAAUUGCGACCUCGCACGCCGCCUCCUGCCCCGCAAUCCCAGGCUCUCCAGACGCCCGCCCACGCCUCUUAGAAGUUUGCGUAGCCACCACGCCGGUGACACGCCGCACAGAGAUCCAGCAAGAUGUCCGGCGAAGCAUGGUUGUACCUGUUGGCGGUGCUGAUAAACGCCGUCAACCUCUUCCUCCAGGUCUUCUUCACGAUUAUGUACAGUGAUUUGGAAUGCGACUACAUUAACCCGAUCGACCUGUGCAACCGUCUCAACACCUACAUCGUCCCCGAAGCCGCUGUACACGCUUUCCUGACCUUCCUCUUCCUUAUCAACGGAUACUGGGUUGCCCUUGUUUUGAACCUGCCUCUGUUGGCCUGGAACGGCAAGAAGAUCUUUGAGAACCAGCAUCUCUUGGACGCGACCGAGAUCUUCAGGAAGCUUAACGUGCACAAGAAGGAAUCGUUUAUCAAGCUGGGAUUCCACUUGAUCAUGUUCUUCUUCUACCUGUACAGCAUGAUUGUCGCCCUCAUCCGCGACGAAUCGCACUAGGUGUUUCCGGAUCUGACCGGUGAGACGCGCGCAAAAGGGCGCAUCGUGGACGUCUGAAUACCAGUCCCCCGGGUCGGAUUGGACGACAUUGUUUGGGACGAAGCUGGCAUGACCUCGGUGCAGGCGAACUCGGCUAGACGGAACAGGACACGUGGGGGGAGCAAAGUUGUCGAUAUACCAUUCUGAUUACCGGCGCAAGCUUCUGGAGGUAUUGUAGGAAGGGUGGGGAUAGGGUGGAAUCGUGUAUGGUAUGCUUGCUGGGCGUAUAGAGCCUCACGUUCUUAUGGACCAUGAUAGCGUGCAUUUGUUGUAAAUGAAACUGUUCGAAUUAGAAACACGUG